CUUCGAGGCGGCGCUGUCCAAGUACGACAGGGGCGGCAAGGGCGGGCUGAGCCUGUGGGAGGUGCUGGCGCUGGUGCGGGGGCAGGCGAACCUUGGGGACGUCAUGGGAGUCAUGGCCAUGACGGGCGAGUGGCUGAUGACGUGGGCCCUACUGCGGGACUCCACCGGUGUGUUGCGGCGGGAGGACAUUCGGGGCAUGUACGACGGUACGGCAUUCUACCGGCUGGCGGAACGUAACGGCUACAAGCGCUACGGACUGCAGAGCGCACGAGCGGCGGCGGUAAAGAAGGGGUACGCUUGAUGAGG